AUGGUCGGCGGAGCUCACACUCUUCCUUCUGAAGCCGAAACCGACACCUGCAAGGCGUAUCCAGGCACAGCUUCUUGGCUCUCUGCCAGCACUUGGGCAGUUCUCAAUCAGACACUCGAUGGGCGACUCCUCCAGCCUUCUCCUCCCGGGGCUGUCUGCCACCCAGACCAGCCUACUUACGAUGCGAGCCUUUGUGCAGUCGUCGCUGAAGAAUGGAAGACGUACGAGUUUCACACCGAGAAUCCAGUUUCUGUCAUAUGGGAUCAAUACGACAACUAUACCUGCUUGCCGGAGAUGAACACAACGUGUUCCUCUGCCGGAUAUCCCGCCUACGUGGUGAAUGCAUCAUCUGCUGAAUACGUCAAGACUGGCAUUGAUUUUGCCCGCAAGUACAACGUCCGCCUCAACGUCAAGAAUACCGGUCACGACUACAUGGGCCGCUCCAACUCGCCCGGAUCGCUCUCUCUAUGGACCCACCAUCUCAACCAUAUCACCUACAACCAGGGCCAGUUCAAGCUCAGCGGCUCUGGAAGAAUUAUCUCUGGCGACUCCUAUACUGUUGGCGGAGGUGCACAAAUGUACAACGUCUACUCCGCCGCAGAUAAGCAGAACCAGACCAUUGUCGGUGGAGGCUCCAAGAGCGUGGGCAUUGGAGGCUACAUUACAGGCGGUGGGCAUUCGAUCCUUGCACCGAGAUAUGGCCUGGCUGCAGAUAAUGUAUGGGAGAUGGAGAUAGUCACGCCUGGUGGAGACAUCUUGACGGCCAACGAGGACCAGAACCCAGACUUGUUUUGGGCCAUGCGAGGCGGAGGCGGCUCAACGUUUGGCAUCAUAACAUCUGCCACGCUCAAGGCAUAUCCCAGUCCAAAGGUCACGGAUGUGAUUCUCGCAAUCGUUACAGAUCCCAAAGAGUCCUUUGUUCCCGACCUCCUCACCUACAUCGUUUCCCAAAUGCCAAGCCUGAUGGGCCAAGGUAUCUCUGGUUACAACAUCAUUACCACGGACAUGGCAAACCCCAUUCAGGAGCCGGGUCUCCCAGACCGCAUUGCUGGGCUUGUGGGAAAGUGCAUUUUACAGGAUAUUGAGAGCAACGACGUCAUCACCAAGGCCUUCAAUCCAAUCAACGAGACUAUUCAACAGCGUUGGCCCAACAAAGUCCAAUUCUACACCAUCCUUGAGCAAUUCGAUUCGUUUCUGGGUUGGUUUGACAAGAAUUACGACAUGAACCCGGCAGGAGGAAGCACAUACCUUGUUUCUCGACUUCUGGAUGGAAAGGCGUUAACGGGUGAUUCGGAAACGCUCAAAAAUGCGCUCCAGGAAGUACUGUCCUCUGGAAGCACAAGCUCAAUGGCCGCUUACAUGGUAGCUGGCAAAGGUGUUCAGGAGGCAACACCGAGAGGAGGCAGCAAUGCUGUCAAUUCUGCCUGGAGAACCGCCUAUGUUCACGCCUUGAAUGGCGAGUCCUUUGCACCAUUCAACAGCACCGACGAGGAGAGAGCAAAAGGACUUUUGGAGAAGAACUUUCAGCCUCUGCGCGAUCUGACGCCCGGAGGCGGUGCAUACAUAAACGAGGCUUUUCCGUUUGAAAAGGAUUAUCAACAGACCUUUUGGGGCAGCAACUACGCAAGAUUGCUGCAAAUCAAGCGCGAGGUCGACCCAACGGAUGUGUUUUGGUGCUCGCCGUGCGUGGGCAACGAGAGAUGGGAAGUCCGUCAAGAUGGACAACUUUGUCAGAAAUGAUACAGAUAGACGGGUCAGGCAUUCCAAUUAUCUCUUGCUACACCUGAC